GGGCAGCUGCAGCUGGCAUUCCAGAGCACUGGCACUGGCAUGAACUAUGGCAAACGAAGUGCAAGUCCUGCACUCCCCGCUGAAAGGGGGGCAUCCUCCUGCAGUUAAAGCUGGAGGAAUGCGAAUUUCAAAAAAACAAGAAACUGGAGUCUUAGAGAGACAUACCAAAAAAACAGGAUUAGAGAAAACAAGUGCCAUUGCAAAUGUUGCGAAAAUACAGACAAUGGAUACUCUGAAUGACAUAUCGGAGAAGAUCAGCCGUAAAUUCCCAGCAACAGUGCACAUGGCACAUCAGAAACCCAGACCUGCCCUGGAGAAGGUUGCUCCACUAAAAAGGAUCUACAUUAUUCAGCAGCCUCGAAAAUGUUAAGCCAAAACAUAAACCAUAGCCGUCUGGCCAACUGCCUCAAACAUCUGACAGCUUAGCAGAAAGGAUCAAAAUUUUCCAUAGGCCUUAGUACACUCACUUGGUAAAUAAAACAGCUUUUGUGCCAUCCCUUUUGUCUGUAGGAAACCCUGGUGGCAUAGCCAUUAAGUGCUACGGCUGCUAACCAAAAGGUCAGCAGUUCAAAUCCACCUGGUGCUCAGUGGAAACUCUAUGGGGGCAGUUCUGCUCUGAAACCCUGGUGGCAUAGCCAUUAAGUGCUACGGCUGCUAACCAAAAGGUCAGCAGUUCAAAUCCACCUGGUGCUCAGUGGAAACUCUAUGGGGGCAGUUCUGCUCUGUCCUAUAGGGUCCGUAUGAGUCAGACUCGAUGGCAAUGGGUUUAAUCAUUAUAGAAGCAGACUGCCACAUCUUUCUCCUCAGAGCGGCUGGUGGAUUCGAAUGGCAAUGGGUUUGGUUUUGACUGUAGAUAAUAAAACAUCCAUAAUUGUAAACCCAUUGCAUUCCUGUGCCUCUUUUUGACCUGGGUCAAGAUCCGAUUGAUAUUUACAUAAGUAAUUCUCUGGAAUAAUGCUCACUGACAAGCCGCACUUCUCUUGACCCAAGGAAGGGGUUAGCACUUUAGUGCAUCAUUUUACAGAUUGCCAACUCUUGGAGUAUGACCUGAUGCCAAGUCUGUCUCUGACUCCUAGAAAUCUAAAGGCACCUGGCUAAGUCCUCAUGGCCAGGGGGAUUGCAUCCAAAAUUAUAUGAGACAACACCUAGCCAUCUAGGCAAUGGCAGCAUAAAUCAAUAAGAUAGUUAGACCUCACCCAGCUCAUUUUGGCUGAACUCAGUUCCCAGUACUCUGGGAUGAGGUCAGAAAUACCCCAGAAAGAUAAGUAUGGCCAGACAAAUGCACAGAAGUUCAAGAUCUGUCACCACUUCCCCAGGAAACAGUACAGUGUAAGUCAGAUGGUGGAUGCUAGCCAGACACAACAAAGAUUUAGGAGACUGGGGUUCUACCUCUGACUCUUGUUGUGAGCUGCUGCUGAGUCGCCUCCAACACAUGGAGACCCCAUGCACAACAGAACAAAAUGUUGCCCAGUCCUGUACCAUCUUCACAAUCGUUGUGUGCUUGAGUUCAUUGUUGCAGCCUCUAUGUAUUUUGAGUGCCUUCUAACUUUGGGCGCUCAUCUUCCAGCAGUAUAUCAGACAACAUUCUGUUGGGAUCUGAGGAAUUUCAUUGGCUAAUUUUCAGAAGUAGAUUGUCAGGCCUUUCUUCUUAGUCUUAGUCUGGAAGCUUUGAUGACCCCACUGGUAUUUGAAAUACCAGUGGCAUAACUUCUAGCAUCUUAGCAACACACAAACCACCACAGUACUACAAGCCGACAUACGGGUGGUGGACUUUUGAACCUUACUAGUUCUGAAACUUUUAAUAAGCUACUCAACUUUUCUGAUCCUUGUCAAAUGGGCAAAAUAACAUCUGACACUUUCCCCGCCAUGAAUUCUCCAGUGAUGCAUACAGGGGAGAAGACAAAAUGACUACUGAGCUUUGAUAUAAGCCAUUUAAAGAAACCCUGGUGGCAUAGUGGUUAAGAGUUCGGCUGCUAAACAAAACGUCGGCAGUUUGAAUCCACCAGGCACUCCUUGGGAACUCUACGGAGCAGUCUACUAUGUCCUACAGAAUUGCUGUAAGUCGGAAUUGACUCAAUGGCAACAGGGUUAGUAAGAGCAAAUUUGUACAAGAAUAUCUGUCUUAGAAGCUGCCAGAACUACAGUUGUAGGAAGGGAACCAUAAGAGAUGUUAUAAGCUAUACUACUCAGUAGGAGAAAUGAAGUAUUGAUACAUGCUACAAUAUGGAUGGAGCUUGAAGACAUUCUGCUGAGUGAAAUAAGUCAAUCACAAAAGGACAAAUAUUGUAUGACCUCGCUUAUACAAAAAAGAUAACAAAGUUUAUUAGUGGUUACCAGAGGCAGGAGGAAGGGGAAUAGGGGGGAUUAACAGUGAUAGAAAUAUUGCAUUAAUUAAGGGUAGGGUUGCACAGCUGAUUACUGUAAUUGCUGUCAAUAAACUCUAUACCUGUAAAAAGUUGAAUUGACAAAAGUUAUGUGAUAGAUGUAUUUACAAUGACAACCAAAAAAAAAAAGUAGCUACAACCAAACACCUCAUGGGAUUUGGUUGCUUGGAGGUUAGGGUCAUGGUUUUAUGGGACAUCCCAGUUAUUUAGCAAAGUAACAAGUUUAGUGCUCCUGAUAACAUAUUUAGUGCUUCUGUUCUACCUCCUAAUUCGCAGCAUAGUUUCCUGCGAUCUUAAAAAAUUGCAAGCAGCCAUCCAGGCACAACAAUUGGUUUCUAUUUGCCUGGAGCAACAGAGGAAGAAUGAGAGACAGGAAUAGAAGGAGGAUAUGGAAUGUGUGGCUAAUUGCCUCCAUAAACAACUGCCUCCUUUGCCAUGAGACCUGAAGCACUGGAUGGUGCCUGGCUAUCAUUACUGAACAUUUUGAUCAAAGAUUCUAUAGAAGAACCCUGACCAAAAAGGGGAAAAUGCAGAACAGAAUUUCAGCUUCUCCUGGACUCUAGACUUCCCGGGACCAUGAAGGUUGGAUGAACCCUUGAAGCUAUUGCCCUGAGAUAAUCUUGAAGCCUUAAACCGAAAAUAUCCCCCAAAGUCUUCUUAAAGCCAAAUAGCUUAGCUUAACUAGUAAAACAUGUUUGCCUUGAGCAUUAUGCUCCUUUAAGAACUACCUAUAUGGGAUUAAAUUGACAACAGCAACUUGAAAGAUUGGAUAGAAGCCAUAGGGGGCAGUGAAUUUAUGUUAAUGGGGGAGGAACAACUCGGAAAUGGAGGGCGAGAAUGGUCUCACAACUCAAAGAAUGUAAUCAAUGUCACUAACUGGUACAUUUAGAAAGUGUUGAAUUGGUGUAUGCUUUGCUGUGUAUAUUCUCAACAACAACUAAAUAAAAAUUUUUAAAGGGAAGAGUGGUAUAAACUGAGUCUAAAAUAGAAAAUUCAAGGAAAAACUGAAGAUUCGGGGCUGGAUGGAGGCAGGGCGGAACCAUGGGGAAAGAUGAUAAGGGAAAUGGAAGUGAAGAUGGAGAGUCUGCUAGAUUUGCCUCUCCUGGGGCAGUAUGGGAAACCCUGGUGGUGUAGUGGUUAACAGCUACGGCUGUUAACCAAAAGGUCAGCAGUUCGAAUCCACCUGGUGCUCCUUGGAAACCCUAUGGGGCAGUUCUGCUCUGUCCAAUAAGGUCGCUAUGAGUCAGAGCUGACUUAACAGCAAUGGGCUUGGUUUGGUUUUGGGGGCAGUGUGAUGCCCAACCACCCAAAGGAAAUGAGAAGAGAAGGCUCCACUCUCUGCUUAGAAACUGGAAUGUAUUGCGGGGGAAAGAGAGGCUGCUUAAAGG